AUGGUGCUGUCUGCCGUAUGUGAUUUUUCAUUUUUGUGUUACCUUUCUUUCUGGUGUGAAGUUCUAGAAGAAGUUAAUAUCACACAGAAAUAUUUGCAAACUGUGGGACUCACUCUUGAAAAGUGCAUUGUAAAACUACAAGGUUUGAAAGCGUUUCUAGCAGAUCAGCACAGUAAAAUUGUGGAGAAGGCCAUUUGUUACGCAACUACUACGUGUAAAGAAAUGGACAUUUCAAUGGAAAGAAGAGGGAGAGUAAAGCUCCGUAAAACAAUGCCAGGAGAGAAGGCAAAGGACACUGUUCUCACAUUGCCAGAGGAAAUGAAAAGGGCUAUGUUUGAGUGCCUUGAUCGUUUUCAUCACGAGUUGGAAAUUCGUUCCCAGGCAAUUGAAAAAAUCCUUUCAAUGUUUGCUGUUAUUCAGCCAAACUCUCUGGUUGUGGCAACAGAGAAAGAUAUUCAUAAUUAUGCUCCAAAAUUGACUGAGAUUUUUGACAAAUUCUCUAAUGAAGAAAUCUUUAGGGAAAUUGAACGUCUUCGGAGGCAUUUGGAAGCUGUCAAGAUCAGUGUUGAAGAAGCAAAGAAAUGGACGGCAUUGCAGUUCCUGGAGUUCAUUGUUAAAUGGGAUUAUUGUGAAUCUCUGCCAAAUUUGUCACUGUGUUUAAGAUUCUUUUUGACUCUCUGA